AUGAACGCGUUACCGAUCCUGGAGGGCUCCGUCGGUUACUUGUUCACGUCGCGGGCAUUAAUGAUUGAUGAUUCGGCGUCGGUGAGGUUUAGGCAUUUGGUGGAUCGGUUCCGGAUUAUUUGUUUGGACCAUUCGAUCCGGGAGGCGGAUCAGUGGACAGAGUUUGAUGCUGAUGGCAAGCGACAUUACCUGCUGUGCGGGAGGAUGAAUUUGGCGAAUGCAAGGCUGGAAAUGCUGUACAGUCGACGGAUCUCAAAGCACCGGCAAUAUGUUCUUUCAGGAAUCAGCGACCCUGCGUCCAGGAGUGCAUCUCAUAUGUCGGCACAGUUCCAGUACGACAAGGGCAAAUACUGUGCAGAAAUGUCAUUUACAACGGACGAUGGACUGAUUGGAGUGCGUGGUCUUUACAACUUUGGCAAGGACUUUGAUGACUCUUACGAUGACAUGCAGAAGGAGGGUCGCCGUCGCCGUCGGGAAGCAGGAUUGGAGGAUGAGGAAGAGAUUACGUUGUUGAAUAACCCGGACAGUGGAUCGAUCGAUCUGGAACAGGAAUCGGCUGAGAAGACUGGUUCUACUACUCGUGGCCCUGUAACACUAGACCUGAAAUCGUCGGAAGAUCUUUUGCGGGAGCGUGCGGGGUAUUUGGGCGAGGAGGCGGCAGAUGAAGAAUCGGUGCCGUCUGAUAGAAUUCGAGGAUACUGGUCAGCUGGCGCAGAGGUCUAUUACAGUGCAACCGAGAAACUUGGAGGACUGUCGACGGGUCUGAGAUACAGGACGUUGCCUCCAUUGGCACCAGCUACGACAUCUGAGGACAAGGAGAAAUCGUCACAGGAGUCUUCAGGAGUAAUACCUCGAUACCCGACCUCGACAGCACCCGAGCACCACCAAAACUAUAUCCCCAUCACGAUCACACAGACUCUGAACCCUAUCAUGGGACAUGUCUCGAGCAGCUAUGCUGCACAGGUUCACCCAGAUCUGGGACUUUGCUCGCGAUUCGACUUUAAUCUCUACAGCUACGACAGUGAGCUGACCGCAGGAGUUGAAUGGUGGAUUCGGGAGCGGAAAGGUGCUAACAGCAACGAGCAGGCAGCAACGGACCCGUUCCCUAAAACCGUUGGCGUGCCUGACUUGCCCGAGACAACAGGAACAGGAUCGUUAUCGUCAUCAUCAACGUCCGGGACUUCAGAAUUGUCGACACAACCGAUUGUCGGUGUGAUCAAGGCGCGUUUGGGCGUUCAUUCUGGAUUGGCGAUUAUGUGGGAGGGCCGAUUCAACAAGUUGUUGUUCAGUCUUGGGUUUGUGGGACAUGUCUUUUCACCACAUGCUCAGGCACCGAUCGUCAAAUCUGUCGGACUUGAGAUCCAGUACUUUUCUUAG